CAUAAGAAAGGUAAAAUGUCUGCUGCGCCUUCUGAAAGCUGCUUUGUUUUUCGGAUAAAUUCGAUGUUUAAUGUAAAUAUUUAAGCAACCUCUUUAAUAGUUACAGCUUCGUUCUCGAAUGAAAUAACUUCGGUUUAUUUACGUGCAGUUUGGAGGUCUUCCCCCCUCUCAGUGCGUUCGAGGCUCCGUGCUCGUUCUCCCGACCUCAGGGUCCUAUACCCCUUCCCACAUUCUCUCUGCUGUACAAUCUGACUGGACUGGUUAGAUGAUGGAUUUGGACGCUGAGCUGGCCUAGGCCAGAAGUAUUUGAGGAUGCCUUUACUAAAUCAUCUACAAGGAAAAGAAGAUCCGUCAUCACUGGCAGUGUGGAGGAAAGUGACUGAUUUCAGUUUUCUCAACCUGUAAACUUUAAAAGCACAAGAAGAUGACGAUGGAUGUCAGCACAAUAUGGCAGUGGCGUAUCAAGUUUGUAAAGAUAUAUUCAAGACAUCCAGAGCCAUUUUUGUACUGUGACAAAAUUGGAUUAGAUUUUAACGUUGGCUCCAACAAACGCAAAAAACUGGAUUUACAGUUGGCCACAAACGGUGCCAUUCUUGAGAUCUGUGAAUUUGCCAAAACAUUAUACAAGUACAGAUAUCGUUUUGUCAGUCACAUUCUGGAGAACAGUUUUGAUCUCGGUUUGGAAAAUGACCAACAACGAAUUGAAUUUUCACUAAAAAUUGGACCAAAAAUCAGUCCUGUAAAGAGGAGAUGCUACAAAUACAAAAUUAAACCUUUUAAUCUCGCUUCUUUUCUCUCGGACUGUAAAAAUGACGCAGAUAAUUUGAACAUGGUAUCUUCAGAACAUCUGAACACUGACAAUGUCUCACUGGAGAUUGUCGUACCGAAUACUGAUGAUAGUGAACACGAAGAAGAAUUUAACAGUUCACAGGCGCCGUCUGAAGAAUAUGUAAAGAUUGAAUACGUGUCAGAUGACAUGGAAGGAACACAUUCUGAUGUAAGUGAAGCAGACAUUGAUGAUUGUGAUCACGAAGAAGAAUUUAGCAGUUCACAAGAACCAUCUGAAGAAUACGUAAAGAUUGAGUACGUGUCAGAUGAAAUGGACGGGACACAUACUGACAUGAGUGAACCAGAACCAAAUACUGAUGAUGGUGAACACGAAGACUACAAGAGUUCACAAAUGCCAUCUAAUGAAGAUAAAAUGAUUGACAAUGUGUCAGAGGAGAUGGAUGCGGAUGGGAAGGAACAUGAAGAUAAGUCCACAUAUUCAGGAGAACCAUCAGAAGACCUGAGAGAUGGAGCUCUUCCUCUUUCAUUCCCUUUGUGUGAACAAAUCGGUAUGAACUUUGAAGUUGGAUCAAAUCAACGUCUAGAUCCUGCUUUGGUUACUGGUCCUGUGAUGCUGGAGCUUGCACGUGUCUGUAGAAUACUGACGGGAUCCUUCAAGUCUAUUGUUCUUGCUGUGUUGGACCAUAAUUUUGAACUUGACAUUAAAUGCCAAGAAAAUCACAUUGUUACAAAAGUAAAAAAGCUUUUGAAACUGUAUAGAAAAGUUGCUUAUAUUGACAGCAAACUAAGAACUGAGUUUGAAAAUGCACCCUUUUCCAUUUCACUGAAGGAACAUCCUUCAAAAAAAAUCAGAGGGUCAAAAUUGUGCAACCAAAGCUCCCCACAGUAUCAGUUUAAAGAGCUAACAAAAAGAAGGCAGUCUGUGUUGAGACGAAAACGAGAAGAGAUGGCUCUUUUUUCAACAAGUGAUCAGUGUAUGAAUCGGAAUCAAAACGAUGGCCAUUAUUACACACGCCCUCUUGGAGACUCAGAUGGAGAGUCCGAUAAUGACAUAACAUCAGUAAAGGUUGAUGAUCAAGAAAACUGUGGGUCGGAUGAAAACAUGAUGUCAGUAAAAAAGAGAGCAAGGCAUUCUUUGAGCCCCAACAAAGGUUUUCCACCUAUAAAGUCAAAUGUGGACUCAUCUGAGAGUGACUCUGAUAAAGAGCAGCUGUUUGCAAGUCGACCGCAAACACCGACUCAGACAAAUGAUGACAUAUUAACUGAAAGUGACAUAGAACAAGGCGCGUUGGGAACAGAUAAGCUGUGGAAGUUGCGUGCUAAUCGUGUAAAACAGAUCCUAACUAUGCUGGACAAAGAUUCUUUUUUCAUGUCCAAGAGAUUUGGUUUAAAUUACAAUGUUGGAUUUGGGUUGAAGCAGAAACUCAAUAUCGAGACGAUGAAUCAAAGUGCUCUUUUUGAAGUUGUUAAAUUCACCUUAGCAAUGAACUCCUCCCAGCAGGACGUCAUCAUGGAGAUUCUUGAGUACAACUUUUAUUUGGAACUGCAGGGUGAACAGCAAAGACAAGUAUUUGCAUCUGAAACCAUGAAAAGAGUAAGACAGCUGAAAAACUGUGAUGAUGUCGUCAAAUUCUCAAAAGAGACCUUUGAACUUCCUAAUCUCGAGUCAUUGAAGAAUCAGAGUGCAGUCGGUGUCAAACCUGAGCUCAUCACUGUUCCAAUGAGGCCUCCAGAUUCACAUGCUGAACCCGAGGAACAUGUUUCAGAGGGCAGUGAUGUCCUUUAUCCUCACUGUAAAGAAAUAGGACUUAAACUGCACGUAAACAACAAUCAAGCAAAUACAAAGCAGAAAAUCAACAAGUUGACAAAAGGAGCGAUGACUGAAGUCAGCAGGUUUGCAGAAAUGUUGUGUGGAACAUUUAACCAAGUUCUUUUUGACAUUAUUGAACACAACUUUGAUGUUGAUUUGCAAAGUGGACACUCUGAAGUAGCUGCAAAUAUUUUAACACAAAUUGCUCAUAUAGUGGACAGAAGGAAUCUGCCAAUUUUUAAAACACUCAAUACUGGACUGGGUAAAAGUUGUAUCCAAAAAUGUCCACAUUCAGAUCCUUCUGGAGUAACUGGGCAGGAAUGUCACAGCCGUUCAAAUGCAGAAGAAUGUAGUGCUGGGACGUCCAAAACACCCGUCACUGAUCAACAUGUGGGCGACUCUGCUGAUCGGAAAGAACUGAAUGAUUACGAUAAAACGAUGUGGAAGUUACGUGCCAAUCAUAUUCGGCGUAUGUUAACUAUACCUCAUCUAGACGAAUGCCCACUUUAUUCUUACUCCAGAUGCAAGAAAAUCGGUUUGGAGUUUAAUGUCGGAUCUGGAGUGGAACAAAACCUUGAUCCAAAUUUACUGACCAACGGUGUCAUGGCUGAAGUCAGUGCUUUUGCUACAGAAUUGCAGGCAGCACAAAAGUAUUUCAUGACAGACAUACUGGAGUAUAACUUUGAUAUUGACUUAAGUAAUGAGCAGUAUUAUCAAGUGUUUGCAGCAGUAAUGUUCGGUACAUUUAAACAGCUUAAGCGAUAUCCAUACAAAAUCCCUCGCCUGCCGUUGCUUUUCAGACUCCCUUUCGGAAAGUGCAGAAAGGUUGCAGAUUCAAAGAGUCCAUCUUGCCCCAAAUGCCAUCAAGAUAGAACCUGUAAACUUGAUGAAAACUACUCUGAUCCUGAUCACAUGCAGCAUCAACAAACUGCAACAGAAACAGGCCUUGAUCCCAACUCUGUAUCACAAAAUCCAGAGAUAAAUCCAUCCUCUUCCUUCUCAACAACAGAGGAAGAGAGGUUGCAGAGUUACCCUCGAUGCAAGAAAAUUGGUUUGAAAUUGUUUGUGGAUAAGAAUAAGCCAGAGAAGAAACUUGACAUGGAGCUGUUGACUGUUGAGACGAUGAUUGAAGUGGCAGAUUUUGCCAAGAAGUUGUCUGGAACACAGAAAUACGCAAUCAAAUUUGAUUUAGUGAGUGACAUUCUUGAGCACAACUUCAACAUUGUCAUACAGAACCGAAAAACCCUGCAGGCACAGUUUAUCAACGUGGCAAAACAGUAUGAUGGAUGGGCUGCUUGGUUCAAUCAAGUUUUUGUCAUUCGGUCACAUUUUAGGACACAACACGUCCCUGCACAAAAACAACCUGUGGUUGGUGGCAUUCGGAAAAGUGAAAGAUCAAAAGAAGCAGAGAAAGUACAGUUGCCACUGCAACAGAUGGUAACAGCCCCAGUGAUGACUGAAAACAGUCCUGCACAACGAAAGAAAAAGAACUCAAAGGUCCGGCAGCUUCAACCGUGCAAUUUUCCGUAUUGCAAGAAAAUCGGACUGGACCUUGAUGCGAAACACAUACUGAGGAUGCCCAAAAAUAAGAUCAAAUUAAAUUUACUGACUAGAGCUGUGGUGUAUGAGAUUUAUACAUAUGCAAUUAGGAGAGUUAAAUCCAAACCCUUUUCAGAAACUCUGUAUGAAAUUCUUGACUAUAACUUUGAUAUUAGCUCACAACAUUGCAGGUGUUGGGAAUUUUCCCAAGCGGUGGCAUCCAAGGUCCAAAAAACUGCUAAACAAUUCAAAAAUAAUCCCCAGAGAGGAGAAGCUGUCUUCAAGUUACCUUUUGUGACUGAGCCCAGUUCUUCACAAAAUGUUGGAGGACAAAGGAAGAAAAAGAAAGUACAGGGUUCUGUUGACAAAUUGGGGCCCAGGCGGAAUCAACGACGUGGAUGCAAUGUGAACAUUAACCAGGACUCAUUGCUUCAUGGUGAUCAAACUGACAAGGACCUCUUCUUUCAUCAUCAUUAUGACACCACACCAGUAUCACAAGCAAAUAUUAAAUAUGAACCCUUGCAUUAAUUGAAGGAACUCCUGUCACUGCAGAUGGUCGAACUACAGUGGCUACUGGUUAUGACAUUCGUCUUCGGGGAAACCAGUCUUUUAACACAUAGGUUCAAGAAGAGGACCGUCAUAUAAUGGACACAAACCUCAUCCUGUAGAGAUGUAGAAACUGAAUCGAAGCUUGAGAAGUAAAACGUUUUUGUGACAGAGGAGUCACCAAGGUUGUGUAGAUCUGACUGAUGUCCAAGCAGUGUAAAAUCAGACAUUAAUGUUACUUAUGUCUUGGUUGAAGCAUCAGUUAUUAGAUUAAUCACCAACUAGUUUGGUAGUGGAUUGAUUAUUUUGAGUCUUUAUUGUUUGUUUUUGAGCAGCUGCCUGAUCCUGUCAGAUCUCAGAAGCUAAGCAGAGCAGGAUCUAGUUAGUAUUUGGAUGGGAGACCUCUUUGGAACACCAGUGGCUGUGUGUUUAUACUGGGAAAUACUGACCAAGAAGGGUUGAGAAAGUCACCAUUAAAAAGUGGAUUGCAACAGUUACCUUUCUAAGUUUUACAUAUUUUUAUGAGUAUUUGAUACUAAACUGAUGUUAAAUGGUAAAUGGACUGCCUUUAUAUAGCACUUUCCCAUCUCCAUCACACGCUCAAAGCACUUAACAAUUAUGCCUCACAUUCACCCCAAUGUUGAUGCCAUGAUUGUAGAAUACUUAUUUACUGUUUCAACAAUCAAUCUUACUGUAUUUUGUGU